CUCGGACACCGACGACGGCGGCCAGGGCUGGCCCGAGAGCGCCAACGACAACGCCAGCAGGACCAUGUCCCCGGCCGCCGAACGGCUCCGUUACAUCCUGGGGGAGGACGACGAGCCCCCCAAUCCCACGCUUUUCACGGAGAUGGACACGCUGCAGCACGACGGCGACGAGAUGGAGUGGAAGGAAUCCGCCAGGUGGAUCAAGUUCGAGGAGAAGGUGGAGGAGGGCGGCGAGCGGUGGAGCAAACCCCACGUGUCCACGCUGUCCCUGCACAGCCUCUUCGAGCUGCGCACGUGUCUCCAGACGGGAACGGUGCUCCUGGACCUGGACGGAUACUCCUUGCCCCAGAUCAUAGACGAUGUCAUCGAGAAGCAGAUCGAGGACGGGCUGCUGAAGCCGGAGCUGCGGGAGAAGCUCAGCUACGUGCUCCUGCGCAAGCACCGCCACCAGACCAAGAAGCCGAUCCACCGCUCGCUGGCCGACAUCGGCAAAUCCGUGUCCUCCAACACGGCCCGCAGCCCCGUGCGCGCCCCGGCCGCCGGCGCCGCCUUCCACCGCUCCACCGAGGACCUGCGGAUGCGGCAGAGCGCCAGCUACGGCCGCCUGCGUCACGCCCAGAGCCGGAGCAUGAACGACAUCUCGGACACGCCCAGCACUGACCAGCUGAAGAACAAGUUCAUCAAGAAGAUCCCCAAGGACGCCGAGGCCUCCAACGUGCUGGUGGGGGAGGUGGAGUUCCUGGAGAAGCCCUUCGUGGCCUUCGUGCGGCUGCUCCAGGCCACCAUGCUGGGCGGGGUGACGGAGGUGCCCGUCCCCACCAGGUUCCUCUUCAUCCUGCUCGGUCCGGCGGGAAAAGCCAAGUCCUACAACGAGAUCGGCCGGGCCAUCGCCACGCUCAUGGUGGACGAUCUCUUCAGCGACGUUGCCUACAAGGCCCGGGACAGGGAGGAUCUGAUCGCCGGCAUCGAUGAGUUCCUGGACGAGGUCAUCGUCCUCCCGCCCGGCGAGUGGGACCCCAACAUUCGCAUUGAGCCCCCCAAGAAAGUGCCCUCAGCUGAGAAGAGGAAGUCGGUGUUCUCGCUGAACGAGGUGGGGCAGAUGAACGGCGCGGCCGGCGGGGCGGGCGCCGGGGGCGGUGGCGGCGCCAGCGACGAUGGGGAGAUGCCUGAAGUCCACGAGAUCGGGGAGGAGCUGGCCUGGACCGGCAGGUUUUGUGGUGGCCUCUACCUGGAUAUCAAGAGGAAGCUGCCCUGGUUCCCGAGCGACUUCUACGAAGGUUUCCAUAUCCAGUCCAUCUCCGCCAUCCUCUUCAUCUACCUGGGCUGCAUCACCAACGCCAUCACCUUCGGGGGGCUGCUGGGGGACGCCACCGAAAACUACCAGGGCGUCAUGGAGAGCUUCCUGGGCACGGCCAUGGCCGGCUCCAUGUUCUGCCUCUUCGCCGGGCAGCCCCUCAUCAUCCUCAGCAGCACCGGCCCCAUCCUCAUCUUCGAGAAGCUGCUCUUCGACUUCAGCAAAGGCAACGGGAUCGACUACAUGGAAUUCCGGCUGUGGAUCGGGCUGCACUCGGCCCUGCAGUGCCUUAUCCUGGUGGCGACCGACGCCAGCUUCAUUAUAAAGUACAUCACGCGCUUCACCGAGGAGGGCUUCUCCACCCUCAUCAGCUUCAUCUUCAUCUACGACGCCAUCAAGAAGAUGAUCGGGGCCUUCAAGUACUACCCCAUCAACUCCGACUUCAAGCCCGACUACGUGACCAUGUACAAGUGCGAGUGCGUGGCCCCCGACCCAGCCAACACGACCUUGUUCGAUGCUUCAGCUCCAGUGGCACCGAACACCACUAACGUUUCUCUGUCCAAUGCUAUCAACCUCACAGCUCUGGACUGGACGCAGCUGAGUAAGAAGGAAUGUCUCAAAUACGGUGGCAGCUUAGUGGGAAAAUCCUGCAAAUUCGUGCCCGACCUGGCCCUCAUGUCCUUCAUCCUCUUCUUCGGCACCUACUCCAUGACCCUGACCCUGAAAAAAUUCAAAUUCAGCCGCUAUUUCCCCACCAAGCUCCGUAAGCUCAUUAGCGAUUUCUCUAUCUUUAUGUCCAUACUAAUGUUUGUGGGGCUGGAUGUGCUUUUUGGACUCAACACCCCAAAGCUCCAAGUGCCUACCGAUUUCAAGCCCACCCGCGUGGACCGGGGCUGGUUCGUGUUCCCCUUCGGGAAGAACCCGUGGUGGGUGUACCUGGCCAGCGCCCUGCCCGCCCUGCUCGUCACCAUCCUCAUCUUCAUGGACCAGCAGAUCACGGCCGUCAUCGUCAACAGGAAGGAGCACAAGCUACGGAAGGCAGCCGGGUACCACCUGGACCUCUUCUGGGUGGGCAUCCUGAUGGCCGUGUGCUCCUUCAUGGGGCUGCCCUGGUACGUGGCCGCCACCGUCAUCUCCAUCGCCCACAUCGACAGCCUCAAGAUGGAGACCGAGACCAGCGCCCCGGGGGAGCAGCCCCAGUUCCUGGGGGUCAGGGAGCAGAGGGUGACCGGCAUCAUCGUCUUCGUGCUGACGGGGAUUUCGGUUUUCCUGGCUCCUAUCCUCAAGUACAUCCCCAUGCCGGUGCUCUAUGGGGUCUUCCUCUACAUGGGCGUGGCGUCGCUGAACGGCAUCCAGUUCUGGGAUCGCUGCAAGCUCUUCCUGAUGCCGGCCAAGCACCAGCCCGACUACGUGUUCCUGCGGCACGUCCCGCUGCGCCGCAUCCACCUCUUCACCCUGGUGCAGAUCGUCUGCCUGGCCGUGCUCUGGAUCCUCAAAUCCACCGUGGCCGCCAUCAUCUUCCCCGUCAUGAUCUUGGCCCUGAUCCUGGUGAGGCGGCUCCUGGAUUUCGUCUUCUCCCAGCACGACCUGGCCUGGAUCGACAACGUCAUCCCCGAGAAGGAGAAGAAGAAGGAGGACGACAAGAAGAAGAAGAAAAAAGGCAACAAAGGCGACAGCAGCAGCGACGAGGAGGAAAGAGGGCCUCCGCCUGGAGCUUUGCGUUCUGACUCGUCCCCGAACGGCUCGGACAUGGAUCGCAGUAUCACCCUUCACCUGAAGAUCUCGUGCCCGUCGUCUCCCGCCUUUAACUACUCCCGAAACCCCGUCUGUGCCGUGCCCCAGGUGAAGAUCGAGAUGGAGUCGGACUACGAGGACACCGACACGGAAAAGGCUCCGCGGGACAUGGGCAGUGAGACCACGCUAUAGCCCCGCCGCGCUCCCCGCGCCACCGAGAAUUUAAUUUAUAUAUAUAUAUCGAUACCGCCCCGUUCAUAUAUAUAUAUAAAGGAAAUUGGGUUUAUUUCUCUCUGCCGGGCGCAGGAGGCCCCGGCGGUCCCGCGCUCCGGUAGAUCCGUAGGGUCGCGCGCCGUGGAAUUCCCUCUCCUCCCGCUGGGCGAAGGCAUCGCCGCUGGCGGCGAAACGGGGCCGCAAAGGAGGAAUCGGUGAUUUUGGGCCCGGAAAGGUGGGAACGGUGAUUCUGGAUCCAGAAAGGUGGAAUCCGUGAUUUCAGCCCCAGAAAGGUGGAACCGGUGAUUUUGGAUCCCGAAAGGUGGAAUCCGUGAUUCUGGAUCCAGAAAGGUGGAAUUGGUGUUUUUGGAUCGAGAAAGGUGGAAUCCGUGAUUUUGGAUCCAGAAAGAUGGAAUUGGUGUUUUUGGAUCGAGAAAGGUGGAAUUGGUGAUUCUGGAUCCAGAAAGGUGGAAUUGGUGAUUUUGGAUCCAGAAAGAUGGGAUUGGUGAUUUUAGCCCUGGAAAGGUGGAAAUCGGUGACUCUGGAUCCAGAAAGAUGGAAUCCGUGAUUUCAGCCCCAGAAAGGUGGGAUCGGUGAUUUUGGAUCCAGAAAGAUGGAAUCGGUGAUUUUGGAUCUGAAAAGAUGGGAUUCGUGAUUUUGGCCCUGGAAAGGAGGAAUUGGGAUUUCAGCCCCAGAAAGGUGGAAUCGGUGAUUCUGGCCCCAGAAAGAUGGGACUGGUGAUUUUGGCCCAGAAAGGUGGAAUCGGUGAUUUCAGCCCCAGAAAGGUGGAAUUGGUGAUUUUGGAUCCAGAAAGAUGGAAUUGGUGAUUUUGGAUUGAGAAAGGUGGAAUUGGUGAUUUUGGCCCCCAGAAAGGUGGAAUUGGUGAUUUUGGAUCCAGAAAGAUGGGAUUGGUGAUUUUGGACCAGGAAAGGUGGAAUUGGUGAUUGCAGCCCCAGAAAGGCGCAAUCUGUGAUUUUGGCCCUGGAAAGGCAGAAUCGGUGAUUUUGGAUUCAGAAAGGUGGAACUGGUGAUUUUGGCCCUGGAAAGGUAGAAUCGGUGAUUUUGGCCCUGCUCUGGCUGCUGGGCUGGAGGAGC